AGGCGCGCGGCGCGGGGCUUCAGUCCGGGCGGGCUGCCAGGCCGCCAUGGCCGACGAGGAGGAGGACCCUACUUUUGAAGAAGAAAAUGAAGAAAUCGGAGGAGGUGCUGAAGGUGGACAGGGUAAAAGAAAAAGACUGUUUUCUAAAGAAUUGCGAUGUAUGAUGUACGGGUUUGGCGAUGACCAGAAUCCCUAUACAGAAUCAGUGGAUAUUCUUGAAGACCUUGUCAUAGAAUUCAUCACUGAAAUGACUCACAAGGCAAUGUCAAUUGGAAGACAAGGUCGAGUCCAAGUUGAAGAUAUUGUCUUCUUGAUCCGAAAGGAUCCAAGGAAGUUUGCUAGGGUUAAAGACUUGCUUACUAUGAAUGAAGAAUUAAAACGAGCUAGAAAAGCAUUUGAUGAAGCGAACUAUGGAUCUUGACGCCUUGUACUGCCUGACGCUUCAUUAUCUUCUUGGGAAGCCAUAUCUAAUAACUGUAUUUUUCAUAAGGUCUUGGUAUGUAGCUAUGUAAAUGAAAUUUGAAGUGAAGCAUUUUCAGCCUUUAUUUUCAUGUCUUCAGUUUUACAGUGAUCAUCAAGCCUUUAAUUGCCUGCCUUUAUAUAUGACUGUACUUGAAUUACUUAGCAAGUUUUAGUGAUGUGUCAUUGAAAUAUCUUGGAAACCAUGAAGUUCCUGACUUAUCACUAUUUUGAAUGAUAAUGUAAUAUUUAUUAGAUAUUAUUGUGCCAUUGUAAACUACUGUAGCUCCUUAAUAUGUAAAUUAUAAAUGAUACCAUUAACUAUGAUAGCUGAGACAUGUGUAUCAUUCUUUGAUUUUUUUUUUUUAAACAGUAGUGGUCCGGAGGUUUAUUAAAGAUAGUGACUGUUUUUUUUUUUUGUGAGAGAAGUUACAAGAAAACAGUCUUAUGUGGGAAUGCUUCCAUCUUAAUAGUAGGGGUUGAGAGGUUUAUUAAAGGUAGUGAGUGAUUUUUCUUGCUUCUUCUGAGAGAAGUUAAAACAGUCUUAUGUGGGAAUGCUUCCAUCUUAAAUAUACUUUAUUCUUCAGAUGACAUGAGUAAUUUGCUUUUGAGAAACCAGAAGUUUCAUUUGACUGCUUCCCUAUUGGAAAAAAGGCCUUUGUGUUUUGGCCUCACAGUCCUCAGGGUGCUCCUUCUGUGAUUCUUGGACCCUGGGCUUGCGGUGCUGUGUGAGGGCCAUGCUCCUUGGGCCCUGUGGUGCUGAGGAUUGUUCAGGCCACCCAGCAGCGCUGGAAGGGAGCAGGGGCAGUGCCCCGGUGAGCUUCAGGGCAGUACCGCCAAUGCCUGAGGGACCAUGUGGUGCCAAGAACUGAACAGUGGUAGACUGUAGAAGGCUUUUUUAAUUUAAACCCUUUGGGGUUUAUAACAUGCUAUUUGUUAAGUGUUAGUGGAACUGAUUUUUUUCUGAUUUCUAAAAAUAUAUGCUUUGUGUAAUAGGAAUUGCAUUGCUUAAAAAGCAGAUGGCAGGAUAAGCAUCUGGGGCAUUUUUAUUAACAUUUGUUAGUACUUGUUCAGUGUGGAAAUGUGUGCUUGAUUAAAACCAUAUGUGGCUAUGGAAACCAGUAUUGUAGUUCAGGAUUUACAGGUUAAGCGUGUAUUCAGCUCAUUAUACUAAAUUAUUGCAUUCAGUUUAAAUUGAGGAUUAAAAAUUCACUUAAAGGGAUUACUAAUUGUACAACUGAAUGCUUUUGUUUGCUUAUAGACAUUAUAAAUCAGUACCUAGAAAAUUUUUACUUUCUGAUACAAAUAAUGAUGCAAAAUUAAAUAUGUGAUUUAUCAGCUUUUUUAAAAAGUUGCUUAAUCUCAAUAAAAACAUUCUAAUUAUUCUCAUAAUGCU